UCUUGUGAUGGCAAAUAUGAGUGGUGAAAAAACAGGCAUUCAAAUACAUUAAAAUCACUAAAGACCUGUUGUUGCUAAUAUAAGCCUUGUAAAGUAGGCAAAUGGGAGUGAUUUAGGGCUGGGAGGCUUGAUUCUCAGAUUGAUAGCCUGAGAAUUAAAUUCUCCACUGAACUGGAAAUGAAAUACUUUAUCUUCCUCCUAUAAGGACAGCAAUAUGCAGCAUUGUCCCGGGUGAGGAUCACCAAGCAGAGCCAGGUGUGCAUGGUGUGGUGGGAAAUAUAGUGUCCUUUCUGGUUGUUGUGUAGGCUGCAUGUGUUGUAGCUGCCGAGGAGGCUAUGAAUGGGAAGGAUGAGAAGGAAUGUUUUCAGAGGUGGUAGCUGAAAACACUUGUAGCUUAAGUUGAAAGUCACAGAGGACACUCGUGUUCUUUAGUGAUUUGAAGGAUUUAAUGGAAAUACAGUGGGCUUACCAUGAAAAUGUACUUUAAUGUGCUUGAAGUGCCUGAGGGUGGCUUCUGGCAGGCUGUGGAUGUCAGGUUUAUGCUGUGUGGGAGCAUUAAGGAUUGAGUUUGAAGAACCCCUUGAUUUGUCCUAAUUUCACCUUGUGAAUCACAGCUUUGGUUUUGUGCCUCCUGGUGCUGAUGUGACCCCCAGCUGCAGAGUUUGUCAUGCAGCAGCUCAUGCGUAAGGACUGAAGUUACUUCCCCAGGAACACUUUUACCUUACUGUGUACUUGAUCUUGGAUUUGACUCUCUUUGGAGGAAGUGACAGGUCAAAUGAACUGCUCCAAAAUUUCAAGCGCUGAAAGAGGACAGGGAUGAAAUAACAGCUGCUCUCUGAAUCUUGCUUGAGAAGCAUUCCAUGCACUGUGCAGUUACAUGUUAGGAAGCUAUGCAGUUGAGCUUUAAACAGUUCUUGGUAGGCAAGAGUUAACUGACUUAAGUUUGACUAGACUGACCUUGGCAGCUGCAGUCUUCACAAGUACUUGAGGCAGAAGGAGGUGAGGCCUCAGUUUGUAGCUGUCAGGAAGCACCUGGCCACAGUAGAAACCUGUAAUGUUAAGUGUAUUAAUACCAGUAGGAGUUGGGUAAGUGUAGAACAUGUGUAUCUACAUACUUCAAAACACAAGCCACUUAAGCACAUCUUGGCAACUGUGACAAGACUCCUUAAAAAUUUCUUUGGAGAAGAAAAAUCUUAAGAUGGCAGGCAAAGGAAGUAAGACAGACUGCAUGUCAUGCAGUGUACUGAACUGGGAGCAGGUCAGCCGUCUGCAUGAGGUUCUUACAGAGGUGGUUCCGAUCCAUGGCCGAGGUAACUUCCCAACACUGAAGAUCACUCUGAAGGACAUUGUUCAGACAGUUCGGAGUAGGCUGGGCGAAGCAGGCAUUGUGGUACAUGAUGUCCGUCUGAAUGGCUCUGCAGCUGGUCAUGUCCUGGUCAAGGAUAAUGGGCUGGGAUGCAAGGACCUGGAUCUCAUUUUUCAAGUUUCUCUUCCAAGUGAGGCAGAGUUUCAGUUAGUUCGAGAUGUGGUGUUGCGAUCCCUCUUGAAUUUCUUGCCAGAAGGAGUAAGCAAGCUAAAAAUCAGUUCAGUAACACUGAAGGAAGCCUACAUCCAGAAGCUAGUCAAAGUGUACACAGAAUCUGACCGCUGGAGCUUGAUAUCACUUUCCAACAAACAUGGUAGGAAUGUGGAACUGAAGUUUGUAGACUGUAUACGACGACAGUUUGAAUUCAGUGUGGACUCCUUCCAAAUCAUACUAGACUCCCUGCUCUUUUACUAUGACUACUCUGAAACCCCCAUGUCAGAGCACUUCCAUCCAACUGUGAUUGGGGAGAGUAUGUAUGGAGACUUCGAAGCAGCUUUCGAUCACCUCCAGAACAAGCUGAUAGCUACCAAAAACCCUGAAGAGAUCCGUGGUGGUGGGCUGCUUAAGUAUAGUAACCUUUUAGUGCGAGACUUCAGGCCCAUGGAUAAGAACGAGAUCAAAACAUUAGAGCGCUACAUGUGCUCCCGAUUCUUCAUAGACUUCCCAGACAUCCUGGAUCAGCAACGUAAACUAGAGACCUACCUCCAGAACCACUUCUCCAAAGAAGAGAGGAGCAAAUAUGACUACCUCAUGAUUCUGCGCAGGGUGGUGAAUGAGAGCACAGUCUGUCUCAUGGGACAUGAGCGAAGGCAGACUCUCAACUUGAUUUCUCUGCUAGCGCUCAAAGUGCUGGCAGAACAAAACAUCAUCCCUAAUGUUACUAAUGUUACCUGUUACUACCAGCCAGCACCUUAUGUUAGUGAUGUAAACUUCAGCAACUACUACCUUGCAAAUGCUCCUCUGCCAUACAGCCAGUCGUAUCCCACUUGGCUGCCUUGCAAUUGAUUGCUUGAAUGUUCUUGAAUGGAGGCUACUGAAGGCCAAGAUGUUGAGUGUAUAUAGACAAGUAAUAACUGUUAGAGGUUUUUCUAAUGGAAACAUGACUGCAUUGGACUGUCCAUUUCCUGGUGUGUGAUAGAAAUAUGCAACCAGGUGACCUGCUAUCACUAUGUAUCUACAAUUUCUGAGAAGCCUUAUUACCUCUUCAUUAGAAGAGAAUGAAUCAACAGCCAAAUGUUAAGAGGAGUGGUUACAAAACUCUGUACUAGUUCUGGAAGUGGCUGUUAACAUAUGAUCUAAGUGGAGCAUUCAGUAAACUGGACUAGUUACCUGACUGUAAUGAGACUGUAAUGUCUUGAGCAGAGAAGCAGCCACUUCUGGAGUAGCAGCAAAACUGUUUUCUAUUGCCUAACCUCGUUAUUCUAUACUUCCUCAGUUCAAGUUCUGGCCAACUUUCUAUUGAACUAAUUGUGCAAGAAUGGCUCAUGUUGUGCUUGGGCUGCUUCUACUUUCUGGCUGUGUAGAACUGGUAAUAGUAUGGAUGCUGUUUGUUUUGUAAAGGACCUAAAUGUUGUUUCCCAUAGUACCUAGGCAUACAUGGUCCUGCCUCAAGUUCAAGAUUAAUUUAUUGGAAGUUGAAGAUGGAUUACUAAGUCUGUCUUUACAGCAUAAACUGGCUGAGUUUUUCUUGAGUACAUAAAUUUGGAAGGUGGCAUCUCUAAACAUGCACAAAAAUACAACCUUAAACUUGGUAAUGUGGGAAGUCCUUGAAAUGAGGAAGCCUUAAAUAGAAUUGGAACCACAGCUUGAUUAGUUGAAUCCAGACUCAAGAUAAAGCCUUUCUGAAUGCAUCUUUCAAACCAGUUUUUGUCACAGCUGGAAAGUAGCACAGCUCUUGCAUUUAAGUUUGCCCCAACUUUCUUCUUCACAGGUCUACAGCAAGCAAAAAAAAGGAAGAAAAGCCACCACCAAAAAAAACCCAGACCACUAAGUUGCAGGAUGAUGUGUACUCCUGCCACAGCACAAACUCCUAAAGUGCCUCUAAAAUAAAGUUCUUGUUGUACAACUUCAGGCAAGUCCUGAAGGCUUGUCUUUCUGCCGGCAUUUAGGGGUUGAGCUUUGUGGUUUAUCACUGUCACCUGGUUACGGUAUGUGAUGGUAUUUUGAGUGGUUAGCGUAAAAUUCUUCUUCUUUAUUGGUCUUAACCUUCACUUGAAGAGGUAUAUAAACCCUCAACGGAGCUCUCCACAGAAGCUGUAUGUGUUGAAAGCCUGUUCCUGUUUUCAGAAUAUCCUCUAGAAGAGUCUGUACUCCCUUGGAGGGGUAGGGGGCUGACCUUCCUAAAGGGUGUGUGCUGAACUUGCUGCUUUGAAACUCCUGUGCUUUAUAAGGAAGGUUAAAAAUACCCCAGUUAGUGUAUAGAGUGGUAUUAAACUGGUAUAUUAAGUGGAUGAUUUUUCACUGAAUUGCAAUAGUAAAAUACAUGUAGCAGAUGAUCUUGAGUUUUCUUUGCUUACCAGAGAAUCCAACUAAAAAGGCAAAUAUAAGAACUAUUUAAUACAUAUUGGUGCAACGUUCAAGAAUACCUGUUUGCUAAACUUUUUUGAUGAGUUUUAGUUGUUUCUGCAAGCUUGUGAGACCAAAGUGGCUGAUCA